UUGUCCUCUUCGCGACCCCGUAGUGCCUGGAUUGUUGUGGUGUUGCAGAAAUCUGACUUUCGAAUAAGGCUUGCGCGCCUAUCUGGCUCCGGGGAAGCUUGUUGCAGUUUCUGAGGGCAGGGGAGAGUCUGCGAUUCAGUCGUUGCCGGACCUUAUCUCUCGGGAGCUGCUUCUAAGUAAUCCCGGUUCAGACAUGUCGCCGGCUCCAGCUGCCCCACCAGUUCCUGCAACGCUCUCCGUGUUUGACCUCACCGAGGAUGCACCAGUCCUUCGGGGCUUGAGCCUGGUGAGCCAGGCCCCCAGGGAGGCUCAGGCCCGGGCUCUGCCUGCUUCCUGUCCAGGUUCAGGGGAGAAAGCAAGCCCAGAAAGAAAAGUACUCCAGGGUCCCCUGGAUAUUUCGGAGAAGUUAUUUUGUUCAGCUUGUAACCAAGGCUUUCAGAACCACCAGGAACAGAGAGAACAUUAUAAGCUUGACUGGCAUCGCUUUAAUCUGAAGCAACGUCUCAAGGACAAGCCUUUCCUGUCUGCCCUGGACUUUGAAAAGCAGAGUUGCACAGGAGAUCUUUCCAGCAUCUCAGGAUCAGAAGACUCAGACUCGGCCAGUGAAGAGGAUUUGCUGACCCUGGUUGAGGAGAGGGCUGAAUGUGAGAGGCCUAACCGACCCCAAGGCUUUUACCCCCAUCGGGUUCUUUUUCAGAAUGCCCAGGGCCAAUUUCUUCAUGCUUACCGCUGUGUCCUAGGUCCUCACCAGCUGCCCCCAGAUGAGGCAACACUGCUCCUACAGAGCUUGCAAAACGGAGGUCCCAGAUAUUGUGUGGUGCUCAUGGCUGCAGCUGGGCACUUUGCUGGUGCCAUUUUUCAAGGAAGAGAAGUGGUGACACAUAAAACCUUUCACCGCUACACUGUACGGGCCAAGCGGGGUACAGCACAGGGGCUUCGGGAUGCCCAAGGCAGGCCAUCUCGCUCUGCUGGAGCCAACCUGAGGCGUUACAAUGAAGCCACACUGUAUAAGGAUGUUCGUGACCUCCUGACAGGGCCAGGCUGGGCUGAAGCUCUGGAGGACGCCAGGACAAUCCUGCUGCGUGCCCCCCGUUCUGGUCGCUCCUUGUUCUUUGGAGGCCAAGGGGCACCCCUGCAAAGGGAGGAUCCCCGACUUUGGGAUAUCCCCCUUGCCACCCGCAGACCCACCUUCCAAGAGCUCCAGCGCGUGUUCCAUAAGCUGACCACCCUGCAUGUCUAUGAGAAUUCUCCAGAAAUAGUCGGGUUGCACUCUCCUCAGGCACACCAGAAGACAGUGAGAAAGGAAAAGAAGAAGCCUACUGAGGAAGAAAAAAAGAGAGUCCCGCAUAAUGAAAAUGAGGAGCCUGGACAGAAUGGGGAAUCACCUAAACAGGGUUCAGGGUCAGAAGACGAAGAUGGGUCCCUGGUAGAGUUGGAGUUGGUGGAGCUGACACUGGGGACCCUGGAUCUUCGUGAGUUUGAGGUAUUGCCCAAAAGGAGGAGGAAAAGGAAUAAGGAGAAAACACGAGACCAUGCUGUUGGGGCACAUUUGACUCUUAACCAGCAACCCCAAGAAGAUGAACCUGUUUUGUCAGCUCAAUCAGCCCAGGUGGUUUCAGUGGAUGAGGCAAAGGCCCCUGGUCAGCCAGAGCUCUGGGAUAUGCUUCUAGCUGCUUGCCGAGCUGGAGACAUUGGAAAGCUGAAGCUCCAGCUAACUGCUGGGGCUGUAGAUAUUGAAGUUAUGUCUCUACUCAAUGCCCCCUUGGGCACUGGUGGCUCUACCCUUCUGCAUGCAGCAGCUGCAGCUGGAAGAAGCUCAGUGGUUAGGCUACUGCUGGAGGCAGGAGCUGAUCCUACUGUGCAGGACUCCCAGGCCCGGCCACCUUACACUGUGGCAGCUGACAAGUCAACACGAAAUGAGUUCCGAAGGUUCAUGGGGAAGAAUCCAGAUGCCUAUGAUUACAACAAGGCUCAGGUGCCAGGACCACUGACCCCAGAAAUGGAAGCACAGCAGGCCACACGGAAGAAGGAGCAGAAGGCAGCCCGGCGGCAGCGAGAGAAGCAGCAAAGGAAGCAGCAGGAGCAGGAAGAACAGGAAAGAGAAGAGCAGCGCCGAUUUGCUGCCCUCAGUGACCGAGAGAAGAGAGCCCUGGCUGCAGAGCGCCGGCUUGCUGCCCAACUGGGGGUCCCUGCAUCUCCAGUCCCUGACUCAGAGAUCACCAGUGUUCGACGCUGCUGGAAUUGUGGAGCAUCACUCCAAGGCCUUGUUCCAUUUCACUACCUCGACUUCUCCUUCUGCUCCACCCGUUGCCUGCGGGAUCAUCGCUCUAGGGCAGGAAGGCCCUCUGCCUGAUCUUUUACAGCUCCACCUGGGGCC